UAUAAUACAAAAAAUGCAAAGCGACCAAGUUGUUUGGCAGCUUCUAAACCAUCAUUUUUGUUCUUAUAAGGCGAAAUUUCAAACUGAAAAUCUUUGUAGAAAUAAAGACAACGUUACGGGAAUAUGUAGUCGGCAAAGUUGUCCUCUAGCAAAUAGCCGUUAUGCUACUAUCAAAGAAGAAAAUGGCGUUUGCUAUUUAUACAUGAAAACCAUUGAGCGGGCUCACUUGCCUAGUAAGUUAUGGGAAAAAAUAAAACUUUCCAAAAAUUAUGAAUCAGCUUUGGAAGUGAUAGAUAAAAAUUUACGUUAUUGGCCUAAAUUUAUGAUUCAUAAGUGCAAGCAAAGAUUUACAAAAAUAACUCAAUACUUAAUUAGAAUAAGGAAAAUGAAGAAAAAAUCUUCUACUACCAAACUUGUUCCCUUGAAAAAUAAAAUUGAAAAAAGAGAAAGGAAGCGAGAAGAGCAGGCGCGCAUUGCAGCUCAGCUAGAAAAUAAAAUAGAAAAAGAACUUCUUUCUCGUCUUCAAAAGGGAACGUACGGUGAAAUAUAUAACUUUCCUCAACAAGCUUUUGAAAAAGUAUUGGAAGCUGAAGAAGAAGAAGAAGAAGAUUCUCAAGAAGAAGUCGAAUAUGUAGAAGCUUCAGACGAUGAAGUUUAUAGUGACUUUGAAGAUUUUAAUACGAGUGGUGUUGAGGAUGAAAGAGAUGAACACGAGCUCAAGCGGUCUCGAAAAAAAAUUGAAAUUGAAUAUGAACGUGAUUUGGAUAAUAAUAAACUUCAAGAUUUAAAUUAA